CAACUGUAAUAGGUUGGGGAAGAAGACCAAAUCAUUUAUUGGAAUAAAAACACUGGGAGAACUGGAAGGAGGUGGGGAAAGGACAGUUUUCCAUCGGGAAUACUGUGGAACCUAAUAGAUAAACGAGGAUCUCCGCGGUAAAUGAGAAGAGAAGCAGGAUUGUUAGUACCAUACAUUUCUCAAGCUUCCCUCCACGUGCCUUCGAAUGGAUCCCAGCCCCACGGCGGACAGGCCCCCCCCUUUGGAUUACGGGGUUCAGAUCCGCUUCAUUGACGACCUGAACGAUCGGGGCAAGCCCCGAAAGAAGACGGGGGUCCGCGCUGACGCGCUCCCCCAGGGAGGGGGGAAGGGAAAGGGGGGCUCGUACGGCGUGGCGGUCCGUGUCCAGGGCAUCGCCGGGCAGCCCUACUUGGUCCUGAAGGAAGGCGAGAAGGGGGAUUCCUACGGCGUGCAGCUGAAGAGCAGCGACAAGAGAGGCUCCGAGCCGCCGGAGAACCCGUACCCCCAACCAGGGUAUGAGCGCUCCGACGGGACGGGGCUGAGAACGAGCAGGGGGGCCGCCUCCCCCCCGGCCCCCCAGCCCAGGAGGACAGAGGAUCUGCGGCGCUCCCAUUCGCACGAGUCCCUGCUGGAGGCGGGCUCGCUCGGACCCGGGUUCGAGAAUCUCCACGGCGACCUCCGCAAAGAGGAAGGCAACGGACUGGAGCGGCAAGGAAGAAACAGCAGCAGCAGCCGCGAUCGCUACGGCGGAGACAACCAGGAAGUGAUGUCGUCCCGUAGCUCCUCCUCUUCCUCUUCGAUCACUGCCAAGCCCUCGGCCCGCGGAGGGACUCCCGAGCCGGGCGGCGCCAUCGACACCAAGUCCUUGCCGACGGUCGGCAGCAUGAUCAGCAAGUUCGACGGGGGCCAGGGACCACAGAGGGGCCGGGCCGGGGGCCGCAGCAGGAUCUCCACGGACGAGCGGAAGAGGUCCCGCAGCCUGGACGGGAGGAACCGCUCCGGAAGGGAUUCUCUUCUCGGGAGCCUGGAUGUUCUGCUCGACACGCCCGCCUCCUCUUCCCCCUCCGUGGUGAACGGGCAGGCCCUCUCUCCCUCGCACAGCAGCGCCAGUCUGGGCAGGCCGGCUCAGGAACCCACCGUCGGCUCGGUGACCAGCAGCACCAGGGAUCGGAUCGGAGGCAGAACCACGACUAGCUCGCAGCUGAAGGUCCAGUCAGAGAUACAGCUGAAGUCGACGCCAGAUCUUCUUCAAAACCAGAGGCAGCUGGGCAGCGAGGAGGAGAGAGCCAAGGAGGCCCUGUAUACCAUCCUCAGAGAGGGGAGCUCAGACAACGAGAACUCUGUGAAGAGGAAAGUAAACCUCGUGUUUGAGAAAAUCCAGGCCUUCAAAAGCGCGGCUCCCAGCAGUGACUCCCGGACCCUCCUCAUGCAGAAGAACGAGCUGGAGAGGAGAGCGUCGGAGCUGCAGAUGAGGCUGGACGAGGAGACCAAGAACCGUCUCAACUCGUCCAGCCGGCUGGACACCAGUGUCCAGAGUCUGAGGAGCGAGCUGGAGGAGACGCUGGACGAAAACAUUCAGCUGCAGGAGGUCCUGAGCCAGACCAAGAGCGAGCUGCACUCCUCCGUCACGGAGCUCAUGCAGCUGCGCAUGGAGAAGGAGGCGUUGGAGACCCGGGUUCGAGGGCUAGAGGAUCACCUGUCCGGGCUGCAGGAGGAGCUGAGGGGAGACGGAGAGUCCGGCGCAGUCAAGGAGGCGCUCGAAGUGGAUGUGAUGGAGCUCCGAGCCGGCCUGGCGGAGCUCUACGCAGCAAAGCAGAAGCAGGACGAGCUCCUGCACCAGCGUGAGCGGGAGCUGACCGCCCUGAAGGGGGCGCUGAAGGACGAGGUGGCGAGUCACGACAGCGAGAUGGACCGGCUCAGGGAGCAGUACCAUAGUGACAUGGAGCAGCUCCGAAGCAACGUGCUGGAGGUCUCGCAGACUCAGCUGGAUGUGGAGGCGGAGCGGCAGAAGGUCAACGCGACGGUGAGGACCCUGCAGAGGCAGCUGGAGGAGAGCAGUGACGAGAGCAGCCACUGGAGGGAGCUGCUGCAGAAGAGCAAGGAGGAGCUGCGCAGCACCAAGCGAGAGCUGCUGCAGGCCCGUGCGGACAAAGAGGAGUUGGAGGAGGAGCUGCAGGAGGUCAGGGGUCGCUUCGCCAGCAUGCAGGUGGAGGUGGACUCUGUGAGGACCACUGUAGCCCAAACUGAGCAGGCAGAGAGGCUGGAGAAGGAGCUGCAGCGAUGUCGCGAGGAGCUCCAGCAGGCCCUGUCCCAGAGGGAGCAGCACGGAGAGACGCUGGCUCAGAGGGACAGGGAGCUGGCCGCCCUGCGGGGGGCGCUGCAGGACCAGGGUUCGAAACACCAGGAGGAGCUGGAGACACUGCAGCAGAGCCUGCAGAGAGAGAGGGAGCAGGGGAAGAGGAGCAGGGAUGAGGAAGCACAGGACAGGGUGUCUCAGCAGGCCCUGCGCUCUCUGGAAGCCCGUCUCACUGAGGCUGGUGAGGAGAGUGCGCUGCUCCGCAAGAGGGGAGCUGCCCUGGAGCUGCAGGUCACAGAGUCCCAGCACGCCAUGGAGGAGCUGGAGGCAGUGGAGUGCAGGCUCCGGGACAGGCUGAGCCACGCAGAGGCGGAGCGCAGGCAGCUGGAGUCCUCUCUCCACGAGGCCUCGGAGGCGGAGGAGGGGCUGGCGCUGGAGAAGCGUUCCCUGGAGUCUCAGCUGCAGGAGGCUCAGCGCAGCCUGGCGAGGCUCCGACAGGAGAAGGAGGAUCUGGGGGAGAGGCUGCAGGAGGAGGCCAGCCAGAGAGAGGAGCUCCGCAGGGGCAAGAGCGAGCUGGAGGAGCAGAAGAGACUGCUGGACAGGACUGUGGAGAAACUGAACAAGGAGCUGGAUCGGAUGACUGCGGAGUCACGUGGCUUGGUGACGCAGGUUCAAGCGCAGCUGGAGGAAUUCAAAGAUAAGUCCAGGAAAGACCUGCUGGAGGCACAGAGGCAGGGGAAAGAGAGGGUGACCGAGCUGGAGAGAGCACAGGGACACCUGCACAGGAAUCAGGAGGAGAUAUCCCGGCUGAAGCAGGAGCUGCUGAGCUGUCAGGAGGAGAGAGACAACGCGCUGCUGGACAAGGAGCUGCUGACCAACCGCCUGCAGCACCUGGAGGGGGAGAUAGAGAGCAAGAGAAGAAGCCAGGACGAGCGCUCCAGAAACAUCAAGGGGCUCGAGGACAAGAUCAAGCGCCUGGAGCUGGAACUGGAUGAGGAGCGGAGCACAGUGGAGCUUCAGAGCGAGAGAAUGGACCGCAGCAGAGACCAGGUUGAUCAUCUGCGUGCUGAGCUGAUGCAGGAGAGGUCACUGAAGCAGGACCUGGAGUGUGACAAGAUGUCUCUGGAGAGACAGAUCAAAGACCUGAAGAGCCGUCUCUCCAUUGCUGAAGGUUCCCAGAAGCCCAGCACCAGCCUGACUCAGCUGGAGGCCCGAAUCCAGGAGCUGGACGAGAGGCUGCAGAUCGAGGAGAGAGAUAAGAGUGCCGCACUGUCCAGUAACCGCAAGCUGGAGCGGAAAGUGAAGGAGCUGAACAUCCAGCUGGAGGAUGAGAGACAACAGCAGCAAGACCAGAGAGAGCAGCUGACUCUGCGCGUCAAGGCUCUGAAGCGGCAGGUGGACUUGUCGGAGGAGGAGCUGGAGCGGCUGGAGAACGGGAAGAAGAAAGCCGUGCGGGACCUGGAGGAGCAGCUGGAGCUCCGGGAGCAGCUGCAGAACCGGAUCAAGGCCCUGGAAAAGGAGGCCUGGCGCAAGAGCCAACGGGAGGCCCUGGAGGCGUCUCUGCUGCGUGCGGAGGACCUGAGCUCCGAGGACGAGGAGGAGGAGGAUCGCGAGUUUGACCCGGCUGCAAUCACAUCGCUGCUGACCAAGGGCAACCUGAAGACCAGCUCCUGCUAGGACAGCAAUUCACCCAACACUUCACUGCACCCCAUGCACUACACCCAUUACACUACACCCCUACACUACACCCCUACACUACACCCCUACACUACACCCCUACACUACACCCCUACACUACACCCCUACACCACACCAUUGAACCACAUUCAACCUGAAGACCAGCUCCUGCUAGGACAGCAAUUCACCCAACACUUCACUGCACCCCAUGCACUACACCCAUUACACUACACCCCUACACUACACCCCUACACUACACCCCUGCACUACACCCCUACACUACACCAUUGAACCACAUUCAACCUGCAGACCAACUCUUACUAGGGCGCCCUUCACCUUGAAACUGCAGACCAGCUCCUGCAAGAACUGCCUUAACCCUCCAGCACAUCCCACCAAGAGAAACCUGCAGACCAGCCUUCACCUGUCAACACAAUGACAGAGAGCACCCUGCAGACCUGCUGCUGCCAGGACAGCCUUAACCCUUCACACUGCAACCACUGUGCAGCCUUCAGUUCUCCUGCUCUCCACCCUGCAGACCUGCCCCUGCUAGGACAGCCUUAACCCUUCACACUGCAACCACUGUGCAGCCUUCAGCUCUCCUGCUCUCCACCCUGCAGACCUGCCCCUGCUAGGACAGCCUUAACCCUUCACACUACAACCACUGUGCAGCCUUCAGCUCUCCUGCAGACCUGCCUUAUCCUGUCGCCUCAAUAAUGCCAGAGAGCAACCCUGGACAGCCUUCGCCAUUUGAGCCUUGAACCUUCAGCCUUCACCCCAAGAGCUACCUGCUCCCUGUGGACCUGGCCCUGGUAAGACCGGGAGCCUUCACCCUUGAACUCUUCAACCAAUCAGACCAGCCUUGACCCUUCACCUCCCGAUUGACCAGCUCCUAACAACUGCUCGGUUUUUAAUUCUAUUUUUUUUUUU